UCGGACAUUCGAGCUCUGUGCGUUUUCGGAAGCAAGCAAGCAAGCAAGCAAGCACAGCGAAGCGAAGCGCAGAUGGCGGUCAAGAUCGGCAUCAAUGGGUUCGGCCGCAUUGGAAGGUUGGUCCUGAGGGCUUCCCUCAACCACCCCAACGUGCAGGUGGUGGCUGUGAACGACCCUUUCCUUGAUCCCGAGUACAUCGUCUACCUCUUCAAGUACGACACCGUGCAUGGGAAGUACAAGGGCGAGUGGGGUUACUCCAACCGUGUGGUGGAGUUGAUUGAGCACAUCUCCAAGGCUUAGAUGAUUGUGAGGGAGUAGGCGUGUGUGUGUGUGUGUUGUGUGCGUAGGUAGGUAGUAGGUAAUUAGUUGAGAGCAGUCAUUGCGAGGGCACUCGAUUGUGUUUUUCCCUCGUGAUGUCUGAUUGGCGGAAGCAUAGUGAGACGAUGUGUUGUCUUGUGCGUUUUCUUGCAUCGAACUUGGGUAGCUUGUUGCGGGUAGGGAGAAGAGAAAAGGGAGUAGGGAGAGGUAUAAGGUGAACUGCAAUAAGUCGAUGUUUGUUAUUCGACCUAUUAUCUGUGGGAGUGAAACAGAUCAAACAAACACGCUUAACAGAGCUUUAGAUGGAAUGGUGGGGUGUUUCUGCUUCUCGGAGUUGAUGGACCGAAUACUUCGGCAAUGUAAUUGGAGAUUGGACGACUUCACGGCGAUUUUAUUUCGACAUAAAUUGAGUGUUUUUUAUUUUUUCCCCAAUUCGUUUAACUAGUUUCGCCUGGAUUCGACCUCCGUUGUGUUUUCUUUGCGUUUAUCUAGUUUCAUCUAGAUGGAUUCGACCUCCGUUGUGUUUUUCAACAGUUGAAAGUGAAAGGAAAACGUUUUCGUGUCUGGUUCUGGCAGUUCGACCGAAUGCUUUGGCAUUGUAAGUUAAGA